CUAAACUUCCGAUUUCUCUCAUCCCAGCCCAGAUAACACACUCAUUCAAUCACUCACACACACACACACACACACACGCCGUCACAAAUUACAAUGAUAACACUCACGUCGAGAUGAAAUACAAGAGGUGCCUUUGUGCAGCAGACGCGAACCCUGGCGAGGAGGAAAAGGAAGGCGACUUAGGCGAGACGAAGCGCUGAAGGAUGGAUGGCAGGUCGAGGUGAAGAUCCAUCUCUCAAUUUAGGGGUUUGAUUCGUGAUGGCUCCCUCCAGGCUGUUCAUGUGAAUGAGGAAGGCAGUCUUAGAGGAGAAAUAAGGAAUGUACAGUCAGCCAUGGCAAGUCAGAGGUGCAUCAUGGCCAAGUGUUCUUACCAAGUAUUGAAAUGUGAUAGAGAUGUGCAGAUUUCCUCAGAAGAAUGACAUGACAUGCUUUCUAAAUUGCAGUAUGAAGAACUGCUUAAGGGAAGAGAUACACUUCUUUCCAUCUGUAUGGGUAUCUUAAUCUUGAGAUUAAUGAAGUUUGAAAGUACCGUACACACGACUGUAGCUCAGAAUGUAACUAAGAUUAAGGAGCAAAUGUCUGUGCAUCUCUUCUCUUACUGAUUCAGUCAUACCAGAAUACUACUUAACUGGGAGUAUAAGUCUAGUAUGAAAGGCAAAAUUCACUUUCAUGAGCUCUCUUAUAAUUCAUACAGCUGCAUAGAAACCUCAAGGUGAUCAGUAUAAUGUGCACAUUUUGAAGAUCUAUAUAUCUAAUGAGGAUGAGCCAGCCAGCUACAGACAUAGAAGACAUCUUGCCCCCCAAACCCCAGGCACCACACCCUAGUGACUGCUGUGGCACUGGCUGCUGCCCCUGUGUACACGACAUCUAUGAACAGGACCUGAAGGCCUGGCGCCGGCAGUGUGACCUCAUCAGGAGUGGCACACUAGAGGAGGAGCAGCAGACCAGCAAUGCUGUUGAGUCACAUAAGUGGACCAAAUUUGAAAUCAUUAAAAUUGAUCAGGUAAACAAGGAUACUUUUUUGUACAGUUUCAAAAUACCAGAUAACAAGAGACUGGGGAUCAAAGUUGGGCAGCACAUAAUAGUGAAGCAGACAAAGAAUGGAAGGCCGUGCACCCGCCAGUACACUCCCAUCACAGACAUAGAUAAACGAGGCAUCUUUGAGGUGCUCAUUAAGAUUUACCCUAAUGGAAAAGUCACUCAAGUCAUCAAGGACUGGAAGGUUGGAGAUCUCAUCCCUUGGCGAGGACCCUUUGGUGACUUCUUGUAUGCACCAAACACCUACAAGUGUAUAAUGAUGUUGGCGGCCGGCACAGGCAUUGCUCCAAUGUACCAGAUUGUUAAGAGCAUCGUGCAAAAUGAAGAUGAUGAGACAGCGGUUAAGCUCUAUUAUGCCUCAAAGACCUUCUCGGAUGUCCUGCUUCGCAGUGAGCUGGCAGAGUUUUGUCAGUACUGGAAUUUCACCAUGUGUUACUACCUCAGUGAGGAGAAGGAUGUGAGGGGCAACAAGAGGUACAGGGAGAAGGCAGAGGCCAGGAGGCUGAGCAAGGCAGAAGUGCAGCAGGAGCUUGAGAGAGGCCCACUGCACUCCACUCUUGUACUUGUGUGUGGAACCAAAUCCUUUGAAAAAGAUAUGGUUAACAGUGCCAAAAAUGCAAGUGUUCCUGAUGAAAAUAUUUAUAAAUUCUAAUAAUAUGACUUGAAACCCAAAAGCUUAAGCAUUAGGUGGUUUUAAGGGAUAUUGAUAUAUUUUGUAUAGAAAUUAGAUAUAUAUUUAUGUUUACUAUAUUUCACACAAUCCCUCUUGCAGCAAAGGACACUGUCAGACAGGAAGAAUACUGCCACAAUACUCCUUAUGAGUCAAAGUAGAGAGAGUGAGUGGCCUAGAGAUCCCUCCUUUGUAAUCUUAUUGCUAAGACAAGACACGACAUCAUGUCUUGGCUACCUGCCCCCCAUACAGGAGAUGACAGCCUGAUACACAGAUGUACAGAGAUGCAAAUUCUUUACCUAUACCUAAUAAACAUGAUGUCUACAGAAUGUGUUAAUAUGCAAUGCUCAGGUUGGUGUGUGACUCAGCAGCCAGUGUGUGGCUGAGCCUCUACCUGACAGCUCAGUGAAUAUGACCUAGUGGCCAAAGUGAUUAAGAGUGACAUUGUACGAAAUAUGAAUAAAUUUAUUUUAGAAAUUAUAA